GUCCGUGUAGGGCGUCAUAACAAUCAAGAUGGCGGCCGGGAAGUCGCCUCCGAUUUCCGUCCAAGAAAAAUUGCCAUGAAUUAAAGCUCCCUUUAGUCGGAUAUUGCCUCGUUUUUGCAUGCAAUGGCAGCAAUAAGGCAUAACCUCCAAAGAGAAGUGUUUAAACCGAGCGAUGAGAGGCUUUAUGCUGUAGUGAACGUCACCAAAGUCGGAAAGAAGAAGAAAGCAAGUUUCCUAUGCGCUGCCGUUACCAUCGACAAGCCUGAGACCGUAUCUUUUUACCAAGUGAAGAAAACCGACAAGGAAAGCUACAAAAAGCGAGCUACAUGGAGGUUGAGGGACCUAAAGAUUAUAGACGGCAAAGAUGGCGGCAAGGAGACCUGUGAGUUCGACCUUCAGUUUGAAAAGACAUAUAAAUGGAUAGCCAGCAGCCCAGCAGAAAAAUUGAACUUCAUUGGUGCAAUAUUCAAGCUGUGCCACAGAUACCCUACCCAGAGAAAACCAACAUUCAUCAAUGUGGAUAUGACUGUACUGGAAGAAAGCAUCCAUAGUGUUGAAAGUGUCCGCACAGGCCAGCAGCAGCACACUGGAGAAGGUGUCACAGUGGAAGAUUAUCAAGAGCUAAGCCAAGGAGAAGAGCAAGACCUUGAACACAUGAUGUCCCAGACUGAAAAUGCCAUAAGCAACAUAGAGACGUUCACAGACCAGCUUUCUAAAGACUUGUCUGUGCUAGAUGGGGCUAAUAUCUACUCUAUCAUGGCAUCAGAAGACCAAGUAACUAGCUUGAUGGAUUUGCUAGAGGCUGCACUGGUUGAGCUGGACAAGCUGGACACAAGACUAACUCACUACGAUGAUAAGCUUAGGACGGUACGGGAACACAUGGAACAGAUGGAGGACAAGGACAGGCACAUGGAGACAGAGAGCACAAACCGACAGAAAUUACUCAAACAAGUUGAGUUUUUGGUGAAUACUUUGGACAUCCCUGAGAGGCAUAUUAUCGCACUACAAGAGGGUGACUUAUCCAAAGGAUUGGCCGUCAAGGAAUGCACUAAUGCAGCCAUGGCUGUUCUUGAGGCCCUUCAGGCGGACCUCCCAAAAGGCCUUCAAGAGAUGAGUGCUGUAAAAGAACAACAAGAGCGCUAUAAGAAGGUUUGCCAAGGAUUUGCAUUACGCCUGAAGCACCAUCUUCUUGGUAUCUUCCCACAACAUGGUCUAGAUAGUGAGACGCCUGUUCGUUACUCCAGUGAAAUGCACCUUCCAAAGCACCUGAACUGCCACAAGGACUUGCUCCCAUACACUGGACUCAUGAAGUGGCUCAAAGUGGUUGAUCAAGAGCUCUUCAUGGACUUAUGUUUGGCGUACAUCCAGUCCCUUAACAAAGUGUAUGAGCGAGAGGUCAAGGAAUUCUUUGAGUCAGCCAAGCAGCGCCUUUCAACCAAGGGAGGCACUCGAUCGGCCAUUGCAACAUUUAAGAUGACUGUUGCAUCCCCUGCAAAAAGCCGAGAAGACACAGCAAGCCUUAGAUCCAGUCCUCGCCCCAGCCCGCGAGUAUCCACACAUCGCUUUGGCCGCCGUGACAGAAAAGACACUGGUGACUCUGGCUCUGAAACACGCUCACGAUCAGGUUCUAUUGGUUCAGUGGAUUCUGCCACAGAACCGCUAGAUAUACGAGGAAGGUUUGACAGGGUCUUUGACAUAUUACUUUCUGAGCUUGAGCCUGUGUGUACGUCGGAGCAGGAAUUCAUUCAGAAAUUUUUCGACCUCUCUGCGGAUGAGUUUGACGUUGCAGAUGCAGUCUCUGCAUCAGGAAGUGACACUUCAGAUGGUGCGUUGAUGAGUAAGACCAACAAACCAUCUCCUAUUGACUUUACUGACGUGAAAGAAAGAAAACAGCUGGACGAGGAAGUCAGAAGAAAAAAGAUGAUUGAACGACGUGAAGAAAUAAAGAAGGUGAUGCAAGGUCUGUUCAGUGUUUUGGAAGUGGAGUUGAACGCCUUCAUUCAGUUUGCUGAUAAACUGGACAGCUUUAAUACCAUGUACAUGCUUGUCCGUAUCGGGCAAUACGUCAUCUCAAACCAACUGUCAGGGGCUCCCGUGUCAUAUCUGAGCCAGCAGCUGGGGAACUGUCUCAUCGUGGUCAAGAGGCUUUUUGAUAAGUUUAUCGCAAACCUCAAGAAGCAAAUCGAAGAGGUCAGAAUUCAGAAGAACAAGAGAUGCGGCAUUUUACCAUUUGUUGCAAAAUUCGAGGAGUUUGCGGAAAUAUCAGAAGGGAUCUUCAAGAGUGCUGAACGGCGGACGGACCUGGAUCGAGCGUUCCAUCAGCUUAUCAAAGUGGUUUUUGAUAAUGUGGAGCGCGUGGCCGCAGAGCACGUGAAGAGUCCAAGGGCGGUGGUCACGCUUGAAAACUACCAUCAUUUGUUUCGGGUCUUGUCUCGGCUCAAGAUCUCGUGCCUUGAGAAUGAGCGGCGUGACGCCAAGCAGAAGUACAACGUCAGCCUGGAUGCCUACGUGCGCGAGAUGCUGGGAAGACCAAUGGAGAAACUCAAUAUAUUUUUCGAGGGAGUUCAGGAGCGUAUUACAGCAGGUGUGAAGGCAGAGGAGGUCGGCUAUCAAUUGGCAUUUAGCAAACAAGAGCUCAGAAAAUGCAUCAAGGAAUACCCUUCUAAAGAGGUGAAGAAAGGCCUUGAGCACCUCUACAAGAAAGUUGAAAAACAUCUUUGCGACGAAGAAAACUUGCUUCAGGUGGUGUGGCACAAUAUGCAGGAAGAGUUCAUUCAGCAGUACAAACACUUCGAAGACUUGAUUAGCAGAUGCUACCCGGGAUCAAUGAUCACGCUGGAAUUCACAAUCGACGAGGUGUUGCUGUUCUUCUCAAACAUCGCAAUCUCGCAUUGAAAGAGACCAUUAGGUCCCUAGCAUUUAACAGGAGCCUUGGAAAACAGUUAAAUAGGUGCCUAGCAUUUAGCAGGAGCCUUGGUAAACAGACCACUAGGUGCCUAGCAUUUAGCAGGAGCCUUGGUAAACAGACCACUAGGUGCCAAGGAUUUGACAAGAGCCUUGGUAAACAGACCACUAGGUGCCAAGGAAUUUACAAGAGCCUCUGUAAACAGACCACUAGGUGCCUAGGAUUUGAAAAAAGCCUCUGUAAACAGACCACUAGGUGCCAAGGAUUUGACAAAAGCCUUAGUAAACAGACCACUAGGUGCCUAGGAUUUGACAAGAGCCUUGGUAAACAGACCACUAGGUGCCAAGGAAUUUACAAGAGCCUCUGUAAACAGACCACUAGGUGCCUAGGAUUUGAAAAAAGCCUUAGUAAACAGACCACUAGGUGCCUAGGAUUUGACAAAAGCCUUGGUAAACAGACCACUAGGUGCCUAGGAUUUGACAAAAGCCUUGGUAAACAGACCAAUAGGUGCCUAGGAUUUGACAAGAGCCUUAGUAAACAGACCACUAGGUGCCUAGAAUUUGACAAAAGCCUUGGUAAACAGACCACUAGGUGCCUAGGAUUUGACAAAAGCCUUGGUAAACAGACCACUAGGUGCCUAGGAUUUGACAAAAGCCUUGGUAAACAGACCACUAGGUGCCUAGGAUUUGACAAGAGCCUAAAUAACCAGACUACCUUUUUCCCCAGAGUCACGACUUGAGGACUUGUCCUAAUUGAUUCAAAAUCAAAGCUAUCCAGAAAACUCUAUCUCUAUCUAUUGAGCUUGACACUGGACUAGAAUAAGACUCGUUAUUAGUUGUUGUGUUGUGUUGUGAUCUUACUCUAAUGCAUGCUGGUAAAUUACAAUCCUUCGAUAACGAGACAUUCAUAUCAAAAACAAUUCAUCAACUAGAUACCAAUUCCCUGUGAAAAGUAUAUUAUCUACAAGUAAAGAACGAACAGUUAAUCUGGUAACUCCUGUAAGAGUUUUGUAUCCUAACAUGUAACAGCGUAACAAUAUUCAAGCAUAACAUUAUAGUUGGCAUUUAUUUUAAACGAGUGCAAAAGUUUGUUUUCGGAAAUUUUGUUUUCGAUUUUCAAAUAUAAUUUAAAGUUCAAAUACACAUAUUGUUUGUAUAAAGCAAUUGGUCAUUGAAGGAAAUCUCUCCUAAAGGGGGUUCUUGUACCAAUUGAACAUACUAUUGUCAUAAAAUAAAACAGGACCAAUACUG